AUGUUUGACAAGAUGAUCCGUGCUUCUCUUGGUGUCUGGGGCAUACUAGGCCUACUUGGCCAAACUGCUUUGGCGGCAGACGACGAAUGGAUCAGUCCUGUCUACAAGGACUUCUACUCCAAGCCGCUACCAUUUCCUCCCACCAAGUCACCUAAACUAACUUACACGAAUCCAAACACCGGCGCUGCCAUCGACUACUACGAGGUUGAGAUCAAGUCCUUCGAGCAGCAGGUCUACCCAGGCCUGAAGCCGGCAAAGCUUGUUGGUUAUGACGGUAUAUCACCCGGUCCGACCUUCAGGGUCGAGAGGGGUCGCGAGACCGUUGUUCGAUUCAUCAACAGGGCCGUCAUGGCCAGCGCAGUCCACUUACACGGCUCCUACAGUCGGGCACCUUUCGACGGAUGGGCCGAAGACCUCAUCCAGCCAGGCCAAUACAAGGACUACUACUACCCCAACGCACAGACCGCUAGGACCUUGUGGUACCACGAUCAUGCUAUCCACCACACAGCCGAGAAUGCCUACUUCGGCCAAGCUGGUUUUUAUCUCCUACACGAUGGUUCUGAAGAUUCCUUUGGCUUGCCAUCCGGACAAUACGACAUCCCCUUGGCCCUUACGGCAAAGGUGUACAAUGCUGACGGUACUCUGUUCGAUCCUAAGGACGAGACCACCAGCAUCUAUGGCGACGUCUUCCAUGUCAACGGCGAACCGUGGCCAUUCCACAAGGUCGAGCCACGCAAGUACCGUCUUAGGUUCCUCAACGCCGCUGUCAGCCGUACCUUCCGUGUCUGGUUUGAGGCUUCCGGCGCACUCGGCACGAAGAUCCCAUUCAAGAUGAUUGCUGGCGAUGCUGGGCUCAUGACCAAGCCGGUCUCCACGAACACUCUCGUUAUCUCCAUGGCUGAGCGGUGGGAGAUGAUUGUCGACUUCGCGCCUUUUGCGGGCAAGAACGUGACCAUGCGGAACGACCGCGACGUGUUCGCUGAUGACGACUACGCUGGCACUGACCGAGUGAUGCAGUUCGUUGUUGGCACCACUGUCUCGAGCACUGCCAACAAUGGCGAGCCUCCCGCGGCGUUUAGGGCUGUGGACUUCCCACCGAAUAAGGCUACCGUCGACAAGCACUUCAAGUUCGAGCGCGGCAAUGGCGAAUGGCAGAUCAAUGGCGUGACGUUUGCCGACGUUAACAACCGUAUCCUUGCUAGGCCGAAGCGAGGCGCCGUUGAAGUCUGGGAGCUUGAGAACAGCAGCGGUGGUUGGUCGCAUCCCAUUCACAUCCAUCUUGUCGACUUCCAGAUCGUCAAGCGUACCGGAGACAGGGGUGUUCAGCCGUAUGAGAGGGAAGCGCUCAAGGACGUCGUAGUCCUCGGCACCGGCGAGACUGCGACAGUCAUUGCGAGAUACGCACCAUGGGACGGCGUCUACAUGUUCCACUGCCACAACCUCAUCCACGAGGACCACGACAUGAUGGCCGCCAUCAACGUCACCGCCCUCGAGGGCUUCGGCUAUCCCGAGACCACGAGGUUUAUCGACCCUAUGGAGCCCCGAUACCUUGCUAAACCCAUAAACGACGCUGAUUUCUCCACCUCUGCCAUUCAGAGCAAGCUCGCGUUCUUCGACGGCUUGAACGCCUACAGGGAUGCGGACAAGAUCAAUGCCGCGCUCAUCAGCUACCACAACGCUCCACCACCAGUGGGCACGCCAUUCGCCUCAUCCACCUUGAGGACUGUAGCGUCGGCAUCUUCCGCGACCGGUACUGCUGCUGCUACCAGCGCUGCUACUAGCGCUGCUGUGCCUGCAAGCUCUGCUACAACACGCGCAUCGACGGCCGUAGCGUCUACUCUUCAGACAUCUGUACGUGCGACGACCACAGCCAGAACGACCACCUCGGCAGCCAGGACCACCACGACGGCGAGGACUACCACGACGGCGAGGACUACCUCGUCCACGCGCAGGAGGUGA